GAAAAGUGUAUACUAUUUAUUGAGAAAAUGUUGACGCAAUCAGAAGCCAGAGAUCUGUGCAAAUCUGAAGACCUAAGAAACAAUCGAACCAUUGAUUUGUUAUCAAUUCAUUCAAUUGAAGAGCAAAACUUUGUCAACGAUUAUCUGACAAAAUUGAAUGUUGAGGACACUGUUUGGUUAGAUUUGAUGCGUUUAGAUAAAGACGGCAAAGAGUUUAACUCAUUUGUAACCACCGAUGGAGAACAACCAUUGUUUGAAAACUGGGCCAUUAAUAAGCCUACCGGUGAUGUAAAAAAACGAUGUGUCCAAAUGAGAGGACCCAUUGAAUUAAAAGACAAAAAUACUGUCGAAACAAAUGUUGAAUCCAAGAUGUUUUCAAUAGGAAAAUGGGAAGACGUUGUCUGCUAUAAGAAAAAUACGAUUUUAUGUCAAAAGUUUGUUGAAUGGGAUUCAUUGACUCUUCAGAAGACAAUUCUAAAGACAAAAAAUCAAUUGAAUUAUCUUUCAAAAGCAUAUAAUGACAUCAGAUUAAGAGCUGGCGAUUUAAAUCAACAAAAAUUAAAACUAAUUGAAGACGACUUAAGAGCUUUUGAUGAAAAAAAUCAUUUUCUUGAGUCAAAACUUGAGGUCAUUAACAACAAGACAGAUGUGGCGCUCAGAGAUAUGGCAGCCAAUGAAUACUAUAUUAGAGAGAUCAUAGAUAAUCCAGUUCCCAUUGGCUUUGUCUAUGUUCAACUCCCGGGCCAACCGGAACCGGGUGUUAUUUGGCCGACACUGCAGUGGACUAACAUAAGUAGCGAAUACAGUGGACUAUUCUUUCGUGUGAUUGGCAACGAUUCGGAACCAUUUGAGACCAUACAGACAGACCACUCGCCCAGAAUCGCUGCAAUUGUCACACAAGUAAAGCCAAAGCCGGGUAUUACUCGCAAUUAUAACGAACAGAUCAGACCUAAUGAUAAAUGGAGUCCUCCUCUGUAUACCGGUUCCGAUGGCGGCGAUAAUAACUAUUAUAUUUCAUUUAAAAUGUUUUCCGGUGAAGUCAGGCCUAAAAAUACAGCUAUUUAUAUCUGGAAACGCACUAAAUAA